UGGAAAAUAGAAGGAACGACUUUACUUUAUCCGUCUGGCUUUACUCUGUUGUGGAAGCCAUUUUGGGAUUUUCCUGAUAGUAUUCGUGAGUCAAGCUCGAAACUUGUGUCUAUUCCCACGAAGCUCGCGGCUCUCGACAUUGGUGUUUGGACAAACACGGUUGUUUCUGUUUUUAUUUGUACGUUAUAUGUCCGUCGAGAUGCGGCGCUCAUUCUGCGCCUCCUUGAACUGGAUGGUCAUUUCUGAACUGGACUGACUUCAAAACAACAAGAGACUGUAGAAACUGAUGGUCAAACUGACAAGAAAAAGAGGUGGAAAAGAUUUUCUCUGGAUGUUCAGCCUGUCUCUUGGACACUGGAGAGUGGUCUUCUGGAUCUCCUCUGGUUUUGAGAAUGUCAAGACAAACAGUUAGAGGACAGCGUGCUCAGCAAAUGACCAUGGAUUUUUCCCGUCUGCACACGUAUACUCCUCCACAGUGUACUCCGGAUAACACGGGAUAUACCUAUUCACUCAGCUCAAGUUACUUGACCGCUGCCCUUGAGUUUGAGAAGGAGCAUCAGAUCAAUCCUGUGUUCGACUCUCCCAGAAUGUCUCGCCGUAGUUUGAGGCUACAGACCAGCGGUGGUUUUUAUGGGGACAACAGCCUCACCGAGCGCACAGGCGUUUACAGUGUCGGCUCCUACAAGCAGACCAGCUCCAGCAGCAGCUCCAGGACUGUGCGGAGCAGGAGGCAGCAGCAGAGCUCAUCCGUGUACGAGUCUGAGAGCGUGACUCAGACUCCUCAGAAAGACCAGACCCUGUCAGACCUGAGUUUCAGCAGUACAGCCAGUGAUGCAUCUCUGAUCUCCAGCCUGCUGGAUCAGUCCACACUCAGACAGAGCUCCACGACACACACAUACUCUGCACAGAGAAGAAGAACUGCUCACAGCUCUCUGUUGGAGAAUGGAGACAUCAGUAAAACAGAGACGCACUCUAAUCUGGCUAACGGCUAUAUUUGUAAAGACUGCUCGUUCCAUGGCGACGGGAAGGAGGACGAAACUUCAUAUUCCUUACCGUACUCGACAUCUGUGUCUUCAGCGUAUCAGACAGCUGGAGAUGCCGCUAUAACCAGUUCUCUGAACAGUGUUGACAAGACAGCUCAUGACCGCUACUGUGGCAGUGUGAAUGUACGAGAUCUGGUGACCACAGACAGCCAUCUCAAUCUCAACGGCUCACUCUGUGAUGACUGUAAAGGAAAACAGCACAUGGAAAUCCACACGGAGCACAAACGCUAUUCCUAUUCCUCCCAGCAUGUAUACGCAGCCUUGUGGGCGCUUGUUUCUUACACAGGUUACGGGCUUCUGCGGGUUUGCCGAGGUUUGGGCUCGGCCGGUGCGUUUGUGACCCGGAAGCUGAAGUCCCUUCUGUGGCUGGCAGUGUGUUCUCCAGGGAAAGCAGCGACUGGCGCCUUCUGGUGGCUGGGAACAGGAUGGUAUCAGCUGGUCGCACUCAUGUCUCUGAUCAAUGUCUUUCUUCUCACCAGGUGUCUGCCCAAACUACUGAAGCUUAUUCUGUUUCUGCUCCCCUUGCUGCUGCUGUUCGGUUUAUGGUACCUCGGUCCGCCCAUCGCUCUGUCCUUCCUUCCAGCUGUAAACCUCACCGAGUGGAAAACAGCAGUCACUUCUUUCCCAUCGCUCCCUUCUCUCCCAUCUCUUCCCUCUUUACCUGCAUUACCUUCUUUCACACAAGAACCACUGGCUGACGAACAGCACAUCUCAGCCCCGGUGAUCUCACAGGCUGUGUCAGAGUCCAUUACCAGCGAGCGUUUGGCUCGGCUGGAGCUGCGUGUGGCGGAGCUGUGGGAAAGCAUCAGACAGGGGGAGCUGAAGGCUAAACAGCAGCGAGAGGAGGCCGUUGGUUUGGUGCAGGCCCUUGAGCAUCAGAUGAACACACAGACAGACAGAGAGAGCCUCAGCCUGUGGGUUUCUCAGCUCCUGGAGCCCAAGUUCACCGCGCUCAAGGGAGAGAUGGAGAGAGUAGCACUUAACAGGGCAGAGACUGAGGAACAGUAUGUGCAGCAUCAGACGAGUCUCGAAGCUCGACUAGCCGAGCUGGAGCUCAUGCUGAAGAGCCUGAACUCUAGAACUGAGGAGCUCCAUCUCACACAGCAGACUCCGGUGCAGGCUCCCGUCAGUGUUGGAGUCUCUCAGGAGAAGCAUGAUGCUUUGCUCACUGAGGUUCAGAGGCUGGAAGCAGAGCUGGGCCGCAUCAGAGGAGACCUGCAAGGAGUGAUGGGAUGUAAAGGGAAGUGUGACCGACUCGACACCAUACAUGAGACCGUGUCCGCGCAGGUGAAGGAACAGUUGUACGCUCUGUUGUACGGUCGAGACAGAGCUGAAGCAGAGAUCCCCGAGCCGCUGAUGCCCUGGCUGGCUUCUCAGUACACACGCUCAUCUGACCUCACCGCCACCCUCGUGACCCUGGAGCGCAGCAUUCUGGGAAAUCUGUCCCUGCAGCUGCAGGAGAGCAGACAGCAGCAGUUCUCGGCUGAAACGGUUACUCAGACGGUGGCCCACACCGCCGGGGCUGCUGGGAUGUCAGAGAGGCAAGUCCAGCUGAUGGUCCAGCGUGCGCUGAAGCUGUACUCUGAGGAUCGCACCGGACAGGUGGACUACGCUCUGGAGUCUGGAGGUGGCAGUAUCCUCAGCACACGCUGCUCUGAGACCUACGAGACUAAAACAGCACUGAUGAGUCUGUUUGGAAUCCCGCUCUGGUACUUCUCCCAGUCGCCACGAGUCGUCAUCCAGCCGGACAUGUACCCAGGAAACUGCUGGGCGUAUAAAGGCUCCCAAGGUUAUCUGGUGAUCAGGCUCUCUUUAAGCGUGAUCCCUACCUCCUUCUGUCUGGAGCAUAUUCCCAAAAGCCUCUCUACUUCUGGAAACAUCAGCAGCGCGCCACGCCGAUUCUCCGUCUAUGGAUUGGAUGAUGAAUACCAGGAGGAAGGGAAACUGCUGGGUGACUACACCUAUCAAGAAGAUGGAGAUUCACUCCAGAUCUUUCCAGUUAUGGAGAAGAACGGCAAGGCCUUUCAGAUCAUUGAGAUGCGAGUGCUGUCGAACUGGGGUCAUCCUGAAUACACCUGCCUGUAUCGCUUCAGAGUUCACGGCACACCUCACACUCUGUGAUCAGGCCCACGCUACAGUACUAUAUAACCCUUUAUGUACAUAUAGGAAACGCUCGGAUGAAACUGGCUUGCUAGACACAUUUCUAAGACUCUAAUACAAAUGAUGACUGAAACAAGGAGCACAGCGGGAAAGAGCAGUGUGUUUAAGCUAAGGAUUUCCACUCAUUUCCUUCCCAAGUCCCUGUUCUUGCACUGAUUCUUGCCCUUGCGGCUGGGCCCUGUGUCACGCUCUCACCCGCAGAGGUAUCUGUGCCUUCAGACAGAAUGUGCUUCUCUCAUUCUGUGUACAUCGUUUUUCCUUUGUUUUCUGAGUGUACAGAGAGGAGAGAAGUCACUGACGCUUUGAGGUGUUCAUCUCACCAAACCUGAUGAGAAUAUGUCUGGGUCAUGUUUUACCCCAAAUCAUUUACUAAAUUAAUCCUAAUUUAGAGCUACUGAGAUUUUUUGCAUUUUUUUCCUUAAAAAAAAAAAAAAAAAAAAAAAAAAAAAAAAGAUAAAGGCUCAUUAAGAUGAGCUUUCUCAUUACUGUAAUGCAAAAAAUAUGUAUUAUUUAAAGUUUAAUUUUUUUAACAUUAUGAUUGCAUUUGUUCUACUUAUUUUUAAAAUUCUAUUCAUUUUAAUGGUUUUUUUUAUUUACUUUUAAAAGAUAUUGUAAUACAAAAAUGUUGCUAUAUUAUUGAGAGUGGGGAAAAGUAAUACUUGUAAAUAUAUAAUAAUAAUAAUUAUUUUAUUAUUAUUUAGAUUUAUUUUUUUUAUAGGGUGGAAUAUGACCCAGGCAAGUUUUCACCCAACAGGCACUUCAUUUCAGGUUUUAUAUAUAUAUAUAUAUAUAUAUAUAUAUAUAUAUAUAUAUAUACAAACAAAUAAACUCAUACCAGCCAUAAAUUGCAGGAGACACUGGUUUGACCUCGGAUGCUUUCUCCUGAGAAAGGAAUGGAUGUUUAUGGACUGUAUGUGAGCUUGUGGACUAAUAUGUGUACAUUUGAACAAAACUGGACAUAAAACACUCACUUGUUUGUUUCUCUCGUCGGGAGUCAUAUCACAGUCACGAUUCGCUGCAGGAAUGUAACUUAUUGUAAUUAGACCUUUUUAAUCAACUUCAAUCACUGUUUACUUUACAUAAAGGGGUGCGCCCUGUCAUCAUCUUUACCCUUUUUUGUGUUUUUAAGCAUUUUAGUUAAAGGAACACUCCACUAUUUUUGAAAAUAGGCUCAUUUUUCAACUCCACCAGAGUUAAACAGUUGAGUUUUACUGUUUUUGAAUCCAUUCAGCCGAUCUCCAGUACACAAUUUAAAUAAACUCUUUGGUCAUUAUGAGUGAGAUGCUAACGUUCUAGUCAGAUUCAAUGAUCUCUGCUAAGCUAAGCUAAAAGUGCUACUGCCAGACCCAGAGAUCAGCUGAAUGGAUUCAAAAACUGUUAAACUCAACUGUUUAACUCUGUUUAACUUAAAAAUUUAGCCUAUUUUCAAAAAAAGUGGAGUGUUCCUUUAAAUUAGACAGUGCACUGUUAUGUCUUUAUAAAGGAAAUGUAAGUUGCACAAAGUCCUGUGUGAUUCGUUGGAUGUUUGAAAAGUCAGGGGUUGCACUGUGUUGACCUGAGAGAGUCUGUUUGUAAACUACUGUUGAGUUGUUCAUGACUAUUUAUUUUCUGGAAAUUUAGCCAAGAGAUAGGACUUUGUGCAGUGUGUUUUUGUAAAGAUGCUUUUCAAUGCAUAUUGGUCCGUUUAUAUUUAGUUAGUUUUUUGUUGUUGUUAUAAAAUGGCUACAGCACUAUGAAUUGUACCAGUAAAGAAUUUUAAUUUUGA